GUAACUUCUGAAGAACUGAACAGUAUAAUUCAUAAUAUAAUGACAUGGGUUGUGGCUGCAGUGACCAGUAUACUGUACCCAGCCAUCACAAAAUACGAAGAAAGAUUGCAAAAUAGUACACACCCAAUGUCUGCUGACUCUGCCCUCUCUUCAAAUAGUUUGAGUUGCUGUAGUACAUGCAGUGAAACGUUAAUAUAUGAAACAACUAAGACAUUUCAGGCAGAGCCCUGUGCAAAGGCAGCUGACAAGUCGGUGGGCCAACCUGCCACACCUUUAAGACCAUCUUAUGCCCAUACAGAAGGAACAUUUGUGGGAAAAACCGAUCACAGGAAAGGACAGCCUAUAACCUCUGAAAUUAAACAUAAUGAGAACUGUAAAUCGGUACAGCUCAAAUCCUGUAAAUCAGAUGAAACAGACCCAAAGAAACCUAAAGAUGAAACAGACACUGAAAUAGACGGCUUAGAAUGCCCACUGUCUUCCAAUGGAAAAGCAAAAGUUGGAAAUGAGAUGCAAGAAUUAAAGAAUGCCUUUGUUAACUUUAAACGUUACCUAAAAGAGGAAACUGAGUCAAUUUUAGAAAAUAUUUUUCAAGAAAUGGUGUCUGAUUUAUCCCAAGCCAUCCCCAGCCUUUCCUCUCUUACAGAUGAAGUUUUGGUUGACCAACCUGAGGCUGACAAAGGAGACUUGCUCUCCAAAGUUGAUAUCCCCUCAGCAGCUGCCAGAAUUGUGGGAAAUGUGCUUGAGAAGCUACAGUCUGCAGUUGAACAAAAAAGUAGUGAGGUAUUUUCACAAGAAGAUGUGUUGGCCCACUUUAAAUCAGAUUUAGCCAGUGGAGAACAUUUCAUUUCCCCAAAAGAAAAAUCUGUAAAAGCUUCACUGCCUUACACUUUGGAGAACAUGAGUGAUCUUGCAGAGGAUGUGGUUCAUGGUAUUUUAGAAACACUGAUGGCUCUCUUGUCUUCUAAGCAAAAUGAAUGUGUUCAUCUUGAAGUCACACCUAAACCUGCUUAUCAGCAAUAUACGAAAGAUCAAACAUGUACGUUCCUUCAACGAGCCAGCAAAAGGAAAUCUAGUGCUGAAUCUGAUGCAGCCAAUUUGAUUACCAAAGAAGAAAUACAAAAUUUAGUACAUGGGCUGGCCCUAGUGUCAAAUAUUUUAUCCCAGUCCUCUCUGGUUGGUUAUAUAAAGGAAGCAAUUGGCACAAUACUAGAUUAUAUACAAAUUGGACUUAAAAAUGAAAGGUUUAUUGCAACUGAAGAAACAGUGGUCAUCCUUCAGCUACUUGAUGAUAUCUUGACUCAGCUACAUCGGAAACCAGUGAAAACAGAUGUACACAAGUAUAGAUGCCCCAGACUGAGCAGUCCUCCUGGCACUGAAGAAGAGAACAGACUUGCUGGCACUAGAGUAGCUCAUCAUCCUAGGUAUGGGCAACCAUUGCCACCUAUUAAUGUCCCUGGCAUGGUCCUUUACUCUGAAGACAAAAAUGAAGAAAUAAAAAAAAUUGUGGAAAAUGUGCUGAUUUCAUCUAUCAAGGAUGAAAAAGCAAAAUUACAAGAACAGGUUCCUGACUACUUCAACAAAGGAAAUGCUGGUCUUAAAUAUAAAAGAAAUAUCAACUCACAUGAAAUGCCUCCAGAUGUGUUUAAUGAAACUGAACUGGAAGAGACAGGCAUUGAAAAUUACAGAUACAGGCCAACCUAUGGAAAUUUUCUUCCUGGAGGAGCUGGACCAGAGUCAUAUCUAGAAGAUCCUGCAGAUACAGAGAAAGAAAGUGCUGGAGAGAAAAAGCCACCAGAAGAAGAAACUAAAUCAGAUUCUCUUGAGCAACAGGAAUUAGAAAGAACACUGAAAAAAACUGAAUCCCAUUUAUGUAACAUUUUUCAUGCUGGCAAUGAGCCAAUUGCUCAAACAUCUGUUCAACCCCUGGAUAAAACAAUGGAUCCUUUAGUGUCUGAAACAGAUGUAAUCAUUGUGGCAGAUGAUGUUAGAAUCAUAUUUCAAAAACUUUAUGUUGUUGCCAUGACAGAUAGAAAUAUUGUUAACACAAUGUUAGAUAUCGUAUCUACCAAAGGCAAGUAUGAAAAAAUCAUAUCUGAUAGAGAGAUUGAUCCAGGUUGGCUAGAAGAUGUUGUGGAAAAGCUGUUCAAUAAAAGUGAUUACCGAAAAACCCUUCAAUUUCAAAUACUGGAUACCACUGAGGGAAUCUUAAAUGACAUUUGUGAGAAAAUACUGGAUGAAAACAAUUUCCCACUUGCUGCAUCUAGUCUUAAAUGUAAUGUAGGUGGAAGACAUCUAGAAACAAAUUCUGGAACUGUCCCCAAGUGUGCAAAUAAAGCUAUUCCAACGUUUUUAGUUCCUAAGUCAUAUACUGCUAUGAUUUCCAAAGACAUGGUCAGUACUGUUCUUCAAAAUCUCAGUUCUGCUGUCAUUCUUGGCAUAAAUGCAAAGGAUUCUGUUUCUGCAAGAUUGUCUCUGACAUUGAUGCAUUUCCAAAAGCAGAUACAGAUUCAACAAAUGAAAGGAAAAGAGAGAGCUUUCCAUUUCCGAGAAAGACAAAAAAAAAAAUGUACAGGUUUAGAGAAAAUUACAACUUUUGAAGAAGUUGAAGUCAUUGCUUUUACAGAUCAGGAAUUGGGACCAGAAGAACUCCAUCUGGUAGCAAGAUAUGUUACUACAUCCGUGGUUACACAUUUCAAGAACUUUGAAAGCAGAGAUACAGACACUGUGGAUGAACUUGUCAAUUCAGCUUAUAAGAAUGUCCUGACACAGAAUGGGCUGGCCCCUGAGGUUGAUAAUCCAGAACGCAAAGACAGUGAUAUUUUUGGAGAAAACAUUACCAAUUUAAUUGUGGAGGAGAACAUCAUCAGAAAUGUGCUCAACACCAUCAGUGCUGAUAGCCAUAUCUUUCCAUCACGCGUCACCGUUUUGCCUCAUUCCUUUUUAGAAGAUAUGAUCUACAAGCUUCUAGCAUAUAUAUUCCCUUCAUCUGAGACUGACACUGAACUAGAAGAGGAAGAGGUAUCACCAGAUUAUGAGUUUAUGAAUGCAGCUUCAAAACUGACUGAUGAAAUUAUAACAGAAAUUUCUGAACAUGACAUUAGACUUGCCACUGCAGAGGAGCAUGCCGAGAGCAUGCAGUUAGGGGCAACUGACAACUUUGUUUAUUCCAUAUGUAAUAAUAUAAUGCAAAUUUUAAAAUUCCAAGCCAAAGCACAAAAAGAUACAUGCAAAAAGAGAGGCUCCUUCCUCAGGAGAAUGGCUGGUUUCAUUAUAAAGGAAAUUGUGGAUUACCAUCUGCAGCCAUUUUUAUGUGAUGAAGAAUCAUCUUCUAGUAACUUACCUAAAAAUGACCAUGUCAUUGAACUCUCAAAUCCUGCUGAAGAAAAAAGACCGUCUCUACCACAGGCUACUGUGUAUUCUGCUACAUUUUUAGAAGAUGUUAUAAUUGACCUUGCUCGCAAAUCUUAUACUCUCCUAAGUAUUGCUGAAAAUCCUAAGGACAAAGAAAUAUCAUGGGUGGAUGGUAAGGAUUUUGCACAGCCUGUUUCAAGGAAUUCAGCUAGCCAAAAUGUUCCUGCAACAGAGGAAGCGAAUGAGAAGAGUAAAGACAAAGAGAUUAAAAGUAAACCUAGUGAACCAGACAGUCCUCAGAACCCACCAGAACACAACCCUGGGAUUUUGCCUGCCAACUUUUUAGAAGAUAUUAUCUCCGAAAUAGUUAACAAAUUGAUUUUUCUUUCACCAGACACAGAUGAUGCAUGUAGAAAUGUAAGCAGUGGUGUAAAUCAAAAUGAGCUCUAUGAUGCAGCUAUGAAAUUGAUUGAUUCCCUGUUAAAGGAGUUUUCAGAUGUUCAAGUUAAAGUAUCAAACCCAGAUCAGGGAAGUCAGCCCUUCUUAACUGCAGAUAAAGUUUCAUCAGUUCAUAAAGUAUCUCUCAGGCAGAAAGAACCAUGUGAAGCACCACCCGAGAUAAAAAUGAUAACAAUGGAUAAAAUACCAUCCAUGCAUAGAAUGCCACCUGCAACUAGAACACCUUCAUCAGAUAAGGUACUUUUAGUGGCUAAAACACCAUCAUUGGAGAAAACAUUGGUCAAUAAGGUUGUUUACUCCUCUCUGUGCAACAUUUUGCAGGAAUAUAGAUCUCAAGACUCCAUUUGUAAGGACAUAAACAGUUAUGGUGAAAAUUUAGCAAGAAGACUAGCUAAUGCAGUAAUAGAAAUUUUUUAACAUCAGCUAAACUUGCUACUUUGUAAUGAGGUUCCAGCUUCAGUAUGUUUGCCUCUACAAUCUAAGGAGUUUGUAAGAAAGGUCCAAAAGAUGCCCCAAACAGCCUGCAAAGAAUGUCAGACAUCAUGGCCAUAUACCAUAAUGCUGCCUCAUGAAUUUUUAGAUAUAACUUCUUCUCUUCUAUCAAAAAUUUUCUCGAUGGUAGCCAACUCUAAAAUAGAGAUAUCCGAGGAUAAUUUGUACACAUAACUUGAUUUUCUUCAAAUGAAGUUAGUAAAUACAAUUAUGACAAAGAUCUCCAAAGACAAACAUAUGGUUAUGCUAUAUGUAGAAUCCUUACAUUCUAAUGAUAAUGAAAUCAUUCAAUUAGUGGUUCAGACUAUUUAUAUUAACCUUUUGCUACAAUUUGGAUCUCAAGAGAGCAAACAAAAUUGCAUCACCAGUGGUUUCAGAGUGUUUUCAGAAACUAUAGUUGAUUUAGUUGUACAGGAAAUGAAUCAGCUACAGACCUAUUUCUCUGGAGAGCUAACUCCACAUCAGUGUACAGAAGUUGACAGUGUUAUUGAAAAUAUCCUUAAAGAUGUUAUCCAAGCUACUGAUGCUCCCCUACCUCAACCAACACAUGCUCAUAAACUGUCUUAUAACAUAAUAGAAGAAAUUGCUAUAAAAUUUUUAUCUAAGCUUUUGUCUAUGUUUCCAAAAGUGCAUGAGGAAAAAAACAAAUCUCUAGAAAACGAAAUGCAAAAAAUAACCUCAAAAAUAUUAAAUUCAAUGCAAGAAUAUAUCUCCAAAAGUAAGAUUAAACUUGUAUCACCAGCCAAAGAAUCACCUACUAUACCUUUAGCUGACUAUGCAAAUAUUGAAAAAGUAGUUAAUUCUGUUUAUACAAGUGUUUUAAAGCAUUCUGGCUCUCAUACUUCUGUAUUUAAAGAUUUAAUGGGUAAGAGCAAUGUCCUCUCUGAUAUAAUAGGAUUUUCAAUGGUGAAGGAAAUUUCCAAUUCAGAAUUUCAUUCUCAAGUACAGGAAGAAGCAUCAAAUUCAAAAUUAAUUCUGGAAGCCAUGAAAAUUAUGGGAAAAGUGGUUAAGUUUAUUUAUGACCUUAGAUCAAAGAAACAGCAUUCAUUCAGAAAAGCUGCUGUAUUAGCUGCCACAUUUGUGGAGAUAUUGGCCUUGCUCAUGGAUAGGCUAGUGAAGUUGCCAAGUGCCUCAAACAAAGACGCUAAAAACUUACUAAACCCUGAGUUAAAAUAAAAUGACAUCUCAGCUAUAAUUUCCAGACAUAUUAGUAUUGUACCUACUAAUCGUGAGGAACACAUUUUAAGUCCAAAACGCAUAAAAACUAUUUCUCGUGUUGUUGAUGCUGUUUAUAACAAUAUGCUACAACAAUGUGGAACACAUGAAGAAUUUUAUAAUGACGUGAGAGGUACAAACCAGUUCUUUCCUAAUAAGAUGGCUUCUUUGAUUAUUAGUAAAGUUUUAAAUUGUCCAUUAGAAACAAUUCACUCAAAAGAUUCCCAUGCUAAUCUCUUUGGUGAUCUGGACGUCAGUCAAAUUGUUGAAAAGGCGCAUGAGCAUGCUGUUAAAAUGGAGCCUGAGCUAGAGAAAAAAGAGUUAACUAAAGAGGAACUUCCGAUUAAAAUAAUUCCUCACCAUGGGAAACAACCAAGCAAUGUCGAUCCAGGCAUUGUUGCAGAACACUUAGGAGUCAUUUCUAUAAAAACUCAUACUAUUGAGAAGCUGCAGAUGGAGUGUUUAGCUAGAACUGCACAUACCGUAGAAACACUGAGAAGAGCUUCAGUAAGUGGGAGGAGUUACUCAACAGACGCAAGUGAUACAAGAAAGAGGAAGGAAGGACGCAUCUCAUUGGAUAAGACAGGACGACUGAAUGUAAGGCCGUUAGAGGUAACUGGUAGGAAUUCUUUUCAGAAUUUAAUAAAGCCUGACAUCACCAAAGCAAAGCUUUUAAAAGAUGUCCAGAACAAAAAAGAGCUUAUCAUCCGAUUGGUAGCUCAUGAUAUUGAUCAAGAAGAGAUAGAAAAUAAAGGAGAAGAGAACUUAAUUUCUGAUGAGGAUGAAGUUGUUUUACAAGAGGUUGUAAAAAAAAGACUCUUCAGAAGGACUAAAGAUCAAGUAAAGGAAGACAUGAAGCCUAUUGCAAGCACAAUGGCUUUUCCUGAGCACCAAGUUAGUAAGAGACGUCUGAAAAAAUUUCUGUCACUAGUGAAAUGUUAUCAUCCCAAAUCCAGUGUAACUAUAAAAAGCAUUGAAGCAUCCCCAACUCAAUGGAAAGAAGCUGAGGAGAAAAAAUAA